CUGACAGACAGAGGCAGGGGAGCGAGGUCCACACCACUGCGAGGGAUCAUCACCACUAAUCCGGUUCGAUGAAGUUUGAAGACAAGAAGUAGGCGAAACUAUGCGAAGUUCCUCUCCACACGCGUAAUUACGCACGUCAGUCAUUUUCUUCCUCCAUCCUCUUUGAACGGUUCUCUCUGUGAAAAAGGAUGCUGGACCCCGAGGACUGUGGAGUGACAAUGACGUCCAGUCAUAAGAUUUCCUUUUCAAUAAUUGAUAUACUGGAUCCCAACAAGUUCAACAGCAGAAGGGUGAACGAACUUUCCAAGGAGAAGUUUCCUGGAGCAGAUGCGGAGGGAGCAAGUUUGGAGUCGGACAGCGCUGCGGAGGGAGACUUCACGAAAGCAGGGGAAGAGACCAGAGAUGCGCACUCAUCCUGCAGGCAUCACACAAAUGUUGCAGACCCCCCCCUCUCCUCUCCUGCGGACACAGACCCCUGUCUCCCCGGUGAUCAGGACCAGGACGACGGAGAGUCAGCGGUCACCCCGCAGGCCCCAUCCGGCCACAAGCGUCGGCGCACGGACCAGGCCUGCUCCAAACCACGGCGCGCCAGGACAGCGUUCACAUACGAGCAGCUGGUGGCUCUGGAGAACAAGUUCCGCGCCACUCGGUACCUGUCCGUGUGCGAGAGACUAAACCUGGCCCUGUCCCUGAGCCUGACCGAGACCCAGGUGAAAAUCUGGUUCCAGAACAGGAGGACCAAGUGGAAAAAGCAGAACCCCGGAGCGGACAGCACCUUGCAGCCCGGCUCCAACUCCCUCGUCAGCGUCAGUCCAAACCCGACCUCCUGCGGCUCAAGCUCCGCCAGCUUCCACCAGACUUUCCCGAACUUCAGCUCCGGGAACGUGAUCUUCCACACGGCCGGUGCUGUUCCUCUUCCAUCCACCGGGGGGCUCCUACAUCCCUUCAUGUCCAGUGGAUUCCUGCAGCCCACUUACUUUAACCCACAUCUAUGAGAGGACAAAACUGACACGAUGCAGCUGCUGACAAGUGUUGACUGGGACACACCAAAUGUAAUUCGAUUCACUGUUACUGCCCAGAACCAUUGUAGCUGUUGCAUUGAUGUCACACCAUGUUCUCCAGAGUGAAGGCAGCUGUUUGUACCAGGUCUGUUUUAUCAUAUUGUUCAAAAUGAGUUUAAACCUCAUUAAACUACUUCAAAGUAUGCAACUGUGCGUACGUCAACAUCACAGCAAAAGGCCAAACAAGUGUCCCAUGACUGAGCCGAAGCGUUUACAAUGUUUAGUUCUGUCAAACCUACACCUCCAUGCACUGACUGUGCAUCAUUGUGUUUUCACUGUGUAUUUAACAUCUGAUCCAGGGUCCUUUUCUGCAUCAGUGUGUCUUACAUUUCUGCACCAUAAUGCAACCACCCAGCUGCCUCUCAGAUGUUUACACCACUCACCGUCUGCUGCGACCCACUACCCACAUCAGUAUAAUAACUUAAUAAACGCAAAC